AUGGUAAACAUCGUAGUUUUGAUAUCAGGCAGUGGCACUAACUUACAGGCUAUACUUGACAGCCUCCCACACCAUCAAUCUUCCACACCGUUACCUUUGAAAUCUUCUGAAAAACUACCAGAAAGUGUCAAUGUCAAGGCUGUAAUUUCUAGUAAAUCUAAUGUAUACGGUUUAGAGAGAGCAAAAGGAUGUACACCAGCUAUUCCAACUCAAGUCUUAGCUUUGAAGACAUACAUGAACCGUAAUCCAGGCUCAACUAGACAGGAUUGGGAGGUUGAACUCAGUCGGAUUGUUAACAGUUAUGAGCCAGAUUUGAUCGUUUUAGCAGGCUUUAUGAUGAUAUUAUCACCAACCUUCUUGAAUGCUAUACAUGGAAAACCUAUUAUCAACCUUCAUCCAGCUCUUCCAGGCGCAUUCGAUGGAGCUCAUGCUAUUGAGAGGGCUUAUGAUGCUUACAAGAAGGGUGAAAUCAAGAAUACUGGUUGUAUGGUACACUAUGUCAUCCCUGAAGUCGAUAGAGGUGAACCUAUCGUUAUUGCAGAAGUACCAAUCAAGGAAGAUGAUAGCUUAGAUAGCAUGGAGAACAGGAUACAUGAAACAGAAUGGAAAAUUAUUGUUCAAGGAGUGAAAAAAGUAUUAAAUGUCUAA